UCAUCCACCUUUUGUCCAUUUUCUCUCUCUUACACCAUUUUCUCUUUCUCUCUCUUCUUUCUCUCUCCUCACGGAGAAGAGUUUGUAGAACCAGUGCAACGAAGCAUCUCUUCUUUCUCUCUCCUACUACUAGUUGCAGAUCAAACAAUCUUCAACAAUUUGAUUUCAUUUAUUUCGGAAGAAUUCAAGUCGUCGUUCGAAAAACCCUAGCUGAUUCAAAUUAAACCAUCUUUAGUUUAUCUGGGACUAGGGAUCAUCAUGUAAUUGGCAGAUUUAUGGAGUUGAUUAGAGCAAGUAUUUGGUGAGACUGUCUUAGAGUAACUCAUUGUGAGACAUCAAGUUAACCAUCCAAGAAAGGGGAAAUUUUCCCUCAGAAUGUUGUAUCAGAAUUUAUUUUUUAGCAUUUCAACAUGCCUAAGACAAGAAGAGAUCGUUCUGUUUCUUUUGAGAGGUCUAGAAAGUCACCAGUCCCUUGCAGCUCAAAUUUUACAUGUGAAUCUAAAGCCAAAUUUCCUCCAGCAACAGAGGAAGACUUAAAAGAAUGGGAGGAUGCCAGGUGCUCUGUUUGUAUGGAGCAUCCUCACAAUGCUGUGCUCCUUGUUUGUUCAGCAUCUGACAAGGGUUGCCGUCCUUACAUGUGUGACACCAGCUAUCGACACUCCAAUUGUCUUGACCAGUUUCGCAAGUCUUUUGUAGAAGCUCCAACAGAAAUACCAUCAGAAGAAGGUGCUGAGGCCCCCGUGCAGUCGGUAGACAUCGUGGCCGUAGAAACAGUGGUAAGCUCACAGGAAGAAGGGAAAUCUCAAGGUUCUAAUGCUGCAGACAUUGCCAGCAUGCAUAAACUACAGCAGAAACUUGUUUGUCCUCUAUGUCGUGGACAAAUUAGUGGGUGGGUUGUUGCAGAGUCAGCUCGUGAUUUUAUGAAUGCCAAAAUCAGGAGCUGUGCCUGUGAGACCUGUGAGUUUACUGGCAACUACACUGAUCUGAGAAAGCAUGCAAGGGUAGACCACCCUCAAGUAAGGCCUUCCGAGGCUGAUCCAGAGAGGCAACGUAAUUGGAGACGACUUGAGAGGCAAAGGGAUAUAGCUGAUGUGCUUAGUACCAUCCAAUCUUCCUUUGGUGAAGAUCAAGAUGAUGAUACCACUUACCCUGCAGACGACGAGCGUGGUUGGUUCACCAUAUUUUUCUUCCUUCGGGUUUUUGCUCCAUCACCUAGCCCUAGGAGCAGUAGCUGGUCUGGUACAUCUAGGGCACGAACUCGAGCACGACCGGGUGGUAGGAGAAGAUCUGCUAGGCUACAGAGAGAUAAUCUUGAGGCUGCACCAAACCCUGCUUCUGUAGAGGUCGAGGAUUCCUCUGAUGGUGCUUCCGUCACUUGGACCCGCCGUGUGAGAAGACGCCAAAACCCCCCUGAUGAGGAAACUUGAGUGCCUACUUGAAAGUUCCAUUGGUGCAUUCUCUCUCUGGAUGGCUCUCAAAAACUGGCUUUGGGCAUAUUCUUCUUGCUGAGUAUCUUUGUUGCAGAUUAGCAUGUGCCAUGUCUUAGUGUAAAAUCGACCGUCAGUUCGAGGGACAUCCGUACAUGGCUUGGGAAGUUCCAUUGCUUCACUUUCAUAUUGGUCCAGAACUGUAUUGAAGAACUUUGUUAGUAUCCGCUGAAUUAUCGGUGUAUCGUAUAUGAGUGAGCGGGGUUGUAAUUUUCUUCUCGAAAAUGUACCAAUUUGAGAUGCAUAGUAAUCUAUAUAUGGUUUGCAGUUGCAACCCUGUUUUUCUCUCUUUUUCUUUACUUGUUAUUUUCCCCCCUAUAUUUAUUGGUGGUUGAAACUUCCUGUUACUAGUUUUAUCCAUUUUCCAGUCUCCUUUGAUGGAGAUAUAUAUAUAUGUGUAUAUUACUUCAUCUUUCAAUAAUUAAAGAUCAUUAUUAUUGCA